GCUUGUUUGGCUGUCUCCCUUCUUCCAUCUCCAGAGCUCCAAACCUUAAAACCGCACUGCUAAUCACUCUUGGUCUCCGUCUCGUGAGAUCGGUGUUUGAGUUUCCAACACCCUCGUGGUGUACAAAUACGUUCCUGGAUUUGGUAAGGUACCUGCAAUAGCAUAAAGGUCAGGCUCCAACUUUUCACUUCGUCGCUCUCUUCUCCCACUUCAGAUUAGCAUUACAUCGUUCACUUGAAAUCCGAGCAAAUAGCAGAAUCCGUUUCUUUUUCGCUAUUCUGUAUUCCUAGCAUAUAUUUUUGUCCGAUUAAGAUUGUGAGUGAUAUUAAAACCUUCCUUUUGGUUUGAGCUUGUGAUGGGCCACACGCUAUUCCUUUUUUUUCUUUUCUUUUUUUAAUUUUUAUAGUAUGUUUCUUAUUCGUAGAAAUUGCCAGAACUAUCUUUGCUCAGGCAGAAAUUCAACCAGUCCGAUAUGUUCUAGAAACCGAUCUCACCAUUUUAGGCCACAUUCAAGAAUCUUCUCUAAUUAUGCGAUUCCCAGUAACCUAACCUUGAAGCAUAUACACCUUUUGAAUCAGACCCAAGUUGGCCCACGUGCCAGAGUAGCUUCAAAUGGAAUUCUGUUCCUACAUGCGCGCGUUUCCUUGGAUUUAGGGUACUCCACUAAAACCCCAUCGAGAUCUUUUAGAAGGAGAGAGUGUAAGAGAGCAAAAUCUAAUGCUGAAGCCCCUCUCAAUGAGGCACAAUUUCAGCAUGCGGUUUCCAAACUUCCCCCAAGGUUCACUGCCGAAGAGCUUUGCAAUGUCAUAACCUUCCAAAAAGAUCCUAAAGUGUGCCUGGAGUUGUACAAUUGGGCGUCACAACAGCGUAGGUUUAGACAUGAUGUUUGCACUUAUCACAUUACAAUAAAGAAGCUUGGUGCAGCAAGAAUGUACCAAGAAAUGGAUGAUGUUGUAAACCAAGUGCUUGCUCUUCCAUAUGUUGGUUCAGAGGCUCUUUACAAUACCAUCAUCUAUUUUUUCACAGAGGCACGGAAGCUGACUCGAGCAGUAAAUAUAUUUAAUCACAUGAGGAAUAGCAGAAAGUUGGAUUGCAGGCCUUCGGUUAGAACCUAUAAUCUUCUUUUUGCGGCGUUCUUGAGUCGGGGAAAUAAUUCUUAUAUAAACCACAUGUAUAUGGAGACUAUUAGAUGCUUAUUUAGGCAGAUGGUAAAUGAUGGGAUUGAACCUGACAUUUUUUCUAUGAAUUCAAUGAUAAAGGGUUAUGUGCUUUCUCUUCACGUUAAUGAUGCUCUAAGGAUAUUUCAUCAGAUGGGUCCUGUGUACAAGUGUUUGCCCAACUCAUUUUCCUAUGAUUAUUUGAUCCAUGGGUUAUGCAUUCAAGGCCGAACAAAUAAUGCAAAACAGUUGUGUGAUGAAAUGAAGGGAAAAGGGUUUCUUCCAAGUAAUAAAUCAUACAAUUCGCUCGUUAAUGCUUUGGCUCUUGGCGGAGAGGUUGACGAGGCAGUGAGGUACCUACGGGAGAUGAGUGAAAGGCAGAGGUCAGUUGAUUUCAUUACUUACCGGACUGUCUUGGAUGAGAUCUGCAGACGAGGAAGGGUCGGAGAGGCCAUGAGGUUGUUGAAGGAGUUUCAAGAGAAAGACCUUGUGGAUGGGGAUACUUGCAAGAAGCUUCAACAUGUGCUCGAAGAUGACUUUGGAAAUUCAAUUGGCAAAAAUCAGUUCAGAUGGAUGCCACAACCCCAAAAUAUUCCAAGGUGAGGUAUGAUUGAAAUCGUCAAGGAAGUCUCAUCCUAUAUGAAGAUCCCCUUGGUCCCCCCUUCUCUGCUUUUGAGAGGUCAACCAAGCUUGACUGGUACAAGGGUCCCAACCUUCAUGCGGCUCUUGAUAUGAGUCACAUGAUCCAAGAGCCUAAGAGCCUUAGUCAAGCCCUCUCUAUCUCCACUUUAGAAUGUCUACAAGAUGGAGGCAUUGGAACUGUCCCUAUUUGAUGUGUGGAGACUGGUAUUCUCUAGCCUGGAAUGAAUGUGACCAUUGGCCCCAAUGGGCGGACAACUGAAGUUAGGUAUGUGGAGAUGCACCAUGAGGCUCUCCAAGACGGCCUUCCUGGUGACAACAUUGGCUUCAAUGUGAACUCAAAAUGUACCUCCCUGGGCAUCAUCAUGAACAACCUUGGUCAGAUAAGUGAUGGUUAUGCUCCAGUGCUCAACAGUCACACCUCUCACAUUGCUGUGAUGUUUGCUGAGCUCUCAAUUAAGAUUGACAACCUUUCUCUGGAUACCCACCACUUGGUUGUUUUGCUGCGAGGGAAAUGUGUCAGAACUUGGCUUUUGUUGUCGUCAAGCAUGUUGAGCAAGGAUCCUUAAGGUGCAAAGUUCCCAAGUCCGCAGCAAAGUUGGAAAUUGAAAUGUGCUUCUCAGAUCUAUCAUACUUAGACUUGUUUUGUCUAUAUCUUUGAUUUUACUCUUUUGCAAUUUUGGUUUCGUCAUUUUGGUAGUUUUGAGGCUGCUUUAAAUUUUUAAUACAGUUCUCUAGCAUUGAUUUUGAGGAUGAAGGGGUUAUUGAAACUUGAGCAAUUAGAUGUCUUCUGGGUGCAAAACCUCCAUCUCGCAAUUCAAAGUGUUCUUGCUUUC